GCACCUUCCUGUCGUCGGCUUGGCAGCGCGAUCGGCAUGGGAUGCAGCUUCUCUCUAUGCCCAGGCCCCCAAGCGGCAAAGGAUGAUGAGUCCAUUUUACAUGACAUGAGCGCCAAGCAGUCCACCCCCUACGUACCUGUCGUGGCGCCUGUCCACGUAACAGCGACGGCGGCACUCCCAUGCUUUCGCGACAAGUAUGUUCUUGGUGGGACGUUGGGAGAGGGAAGUUACGCUAUCGUGAAGAAGGCCCGCAACAAAGAGACGGGUGAGUCGUAUGCUGUCAAGGUCUUCAAGAAGGAAGGACUGUCGGAACAGGACGAACGGGAUAUUCAGACCGAAGUCGCCAUCUUGGGCCGCCUCAACCACCCUAACGUGUUGAAUUUGGUCGACUUCUUCUCGGAACCCAAGUACUAUUACAUUGUAACAGACUUGUGCGAAGGUGGCGAACUAUUUGAUCGAAUAUCUCAAUUGUCCUACUACACUGAAAAGGAGGCGCGGGACCUCGUCAAGGUUUUGCUCACUGCCAUUGACUACUGUCACGAUCAUGGCGUCGUUCAUCGCGAUUUAAAGCCCGAGAACAUCUUGAUGAUUAACAAGACAGACAACGCUUCCAUCAAGAUCGCGGACUUUGGGUUUGCCAAAGAAGCGCUGAAUGGUCUGACGACCACUUGCGGGUCUCCCGAAUAUGUUGCGCCAGAAAUCAUUUCUCGGUCGGAUGCCAGUCAGACGUACGGCACCCCCGUCGAUAUUUGGAGCAUUGGCGUUAUCACGUAUGUUCUCUUGGGCGGGUACACCCCGUUCCACGACGAGAACCAGAACGUGUUAUUCGACAACAUUUGCCAUGGCCAGUUCUACUUUUACUCGCCUGACUGGGACGAAAUCUCAGACGACGCCAAGGAGUUUCUUAAAUUGGCGUUGACGGUCGACCCAGCCAAGCGGCCCACCGCCAAGCAACUCCUUAAAGAUCCUUGGAUUGUCGACGAAAAUGUGUCCAUCUACCAACUGUCGAGCGUCCAAGAGAAGCUGCCCAUGCUCAACACGUCCAGGAACAAGUUUAAAGCAGCCGUCAACGCCACAGUGCUCGUCAACCGCUUUCGUAAGGUGUCGACGGACGAACCGAAACACGCAUCGGUGUGAGGGACAAGUGGGUGGUGGGAUGCCGUUCCAUCUACUCCUUUGUAACAUUCGAUUUAAAGAUCCGUUGGAACACGUGAGGCAAGUCGGUCGUGUUGAGGCAGACGUGGCCGUUUCC